UCCGAGGCACUUCGGAAUGCUAGCGAUGCUAGCUACAUAGCUGAUUGUAAACUACCCAGCAGAACCAGCUGUUUUAACAAAAUUGGAUACCUGCUUAGUUUAGAAACCCUUGCAAAACAUAAUGCAAUGGUUCGGCUCGUUUCCAGAUGUUAAACAUGUUUUUGUUGUUGAUGUUUCGUUGGAAUACAUGACGUGCUACUGCUAGCACGCUAGCUAACUAGACUAGUCAGUUGGAGACGAGUGGAGUUCUUGUCAACACAGGUUCGGCGCUUAAAAUGCUGCAUCUUUGUCGUUGUUGUUGUUUACAUUGCUCUGACGGAAUGGGGUGGAUACAACGGUAGCUGGCAAAACAUCCUCAAGCCAGCUAGGUUCCCUGGUAAGCCAUCUAAACAGGACCCAGCGACUUAUAGCAGGUACUGUCCAGCGGUGAGUACCCAAAGCUCCGGAGUGGAGUGUCACGAGAUUAAACAGCAGUUCUUCUCAAGACUGCUCUCCAGUUUCCAUGGAUCUGUCAAGGAGUCAGAUGAGUUCUGCAGACCUGGGACUGUCUAGACAGCAUAGCUGGCACAACCGCCUGACUAGGAGUUGUAACCCAGUAACCAACCGCCCUCAGAACCACCCCGGGACCAAGCCCCACCCUGCUCCCGCUCACUCACACCCAGACUCAGCCUUCAGGAUCUCAUCCUAUGGAACCAGGUCCAGGUCUCUCCUCUCUCACAGAUCUCCCUCACCCCUCCCAGGAAUCAGCCACGGUUUGGAGGGAGGGGAGGCUGGGGCGAUGUCCCCGGGUCCAGGUGUGGAUGCCAGGCUGGAGGGAGGGGUCCAGGGAGCAGUGAACGGAGAUAGACACCCCGGCUCUAGCCGGACGCUUUCCCAGGGCGUGGGUCCGAACCCUUUCCGUACCAGGCCCCGGAGUGGCGGCGGCCUGUGGAACCCCAGGGCGUACGACCCCGACCAAUCAGACAGCCCCAGCCCAGAGAGCAGCGGGGGCGAGGACAGCCAGAGCGACUCUGACGUCAUCUACCUGGUCUCCACUGCACAGGACGACACCCUUGUAUCUCAGGAGGACUCAACCAGCCCCUGCAGCUCCCUGGACAGAGACUGCACCAGUUCCAUAGAGAGAGACUGUCCCAUAGUGGACCCUCUGUCCCACGUGACGUCCUCUUCCCUGAAUGAGGGGCUGGGCUGUUUCCUGCUGCCGCCGUCCAGCCGCUCCCCCAGCCCGGACAGCACCUACUCGGACGACUCCUCCUACAGCACCAGGGACGUGCUGCUCCACAGCAAGCCCGUCGUCCACCUCUCCCAGCUGGUCUACGCCGACUGCCCGGGCUCGCCCGUGGACAUCUCCAGCGACGACAGCGACGUGAUGGAAGUGCCUGUGACGAACCACAAGAGCGGGUCGGACUCUCUCCCUCCGCGCCUUAAUGUCAGGAGGCACCAGGGGGAAGACGCGGCCCCACAGAGGUGCUUCUCUCCCCAGCCCAGAGCCCCUCAGACCUGGGGCCUCCGUCGUAGCCCCAGGGGUCCUAAACCCGCCUCCUCGCCUGUACACACCCCCACCAGGACGGUGUACAGCCGCGGGGCCAAGACGCACAGCAGAUGCCUCAGCCUGAGCAUGCACAGCGAGAGCUACGACUCCGGGGACAUGAUGGACUCCACAGAGAGACAGUCCAGUUCGGAGGAGGAGGACGACGACGAUGCCUGGCCCCGGCCUGCCGUCUCUCUGGCCCCAGAGUCGGAGGACUCUGACGUAAGCCACAGGAUGGUCGGAGAGGCUCCCUCAGACAGACACACUCCCUCCACACUCCCCAAACCCACACGGAGGGUCCUCUCUCCUGGCUCACAAGCCCGGUCACAGUCCAGCCUCCCGACCUCUCCUCUAGAGGUUCACUGUAACCCUCCACCUCCCCUGUCCCCCUCUGGGAGCAGGAAGCGGCUGACCAAGCGUAAACCUUGCCAGAGUGCCUCCCCCUCAGCCAAGCAGCCAGCUAAACCCCCCCCUGCCAACAGAGCGGCAACCCCCAGCAAAACAGCCAGCAAAACAGCCAGCAAAACGAAAACUCCAGCUGCCCGGCCACGAAGGAAAAAACACAAGGGGGCAUUCAGCGGGCUCCCCUCCUGCUCUCUCUUCUCCCCUCAGGAACCAGAGAUCCAGCUGAGGUACGCCAGGACCAGAGAGAGGAAGGAGCACAGGUCGGACAACUUCUGUCCGUUCAUCCACGUGGAGCGGAGGGAGUGCACGGUGGUCAACUACCAGGAAGAGGAGCAGGGGGUGAGGGGGGGCUGGGGGCAGCCCCAGGGCCUUGCUGGAUCUGGGUCUCUCUCCGGUCUGGUCCCCAGGACCUCCUGCUUCAAACUGGGUCGUAUCAGCUCCCGGAGCCGGGGAGGGUCCUCUCAGGUGUGCUGUCUGUGUGAAGCCCCAGCCAACACCAUGGGUCUGGGGGACCUCCAUGGGCCCUACUACCCCAGCGGACCAGGGCUGGGGGACCUCCAUGGGCCCUACUACCCCAGCGGACCAGGGCUGGGGGACCAAAACCACCCUCGGGCCCAGAGUAAACAGCAGAACCACAACAAACCGGCUCCGGAUUACAGGGCUCACCUACCGGGAGCGGAGAACGGCUGGCAUGGCCCCAGUAACGGCCACAGACCUGUGGACGAGGCUGGAGAGGAGGGGGCCAAGAUCGAGGUGGGCAGUGAUGGGGAGGAUUCAGUGAUGCCGCCAGACAGACCGCUCUGGACUGGUGGUUCUGGAGCUCACAGCCCUAGACUUGGACUAGAACCCCCUCACAGCCCUGGGCCAGAACCACAACCCACAUACAGUCCUCUACCAACAAUAGAACUCACUCACUAUCCUAGAACAGCACCAGAAUCGCCUCACUAUCCUGGACCUGCACCAGAACCCUCUCACUAUCCUGGACCAGCACCAGAACCCCCUCACUAUCCUGGACCAGCACCAGAACCCUCUCACUAUCCUGGACCAGCACCAGAACCCUCUCACUAUCCUAUACCAACACUAGAACCCUCUCACUAUCCUGGACCAGCACCAGAACCCUCUCACUAUCCUGGACCAGCACUAGAACGCUCUCACUAUCCUGGACCAGCACUAGAACCCUCUCACUAUCCUGGACCAGCACUAGAAGCCAAACACAGUCCUGGACCAGCACUAGAACCCACACACAGUCCUGGGGAGCGCUGGGUUCAUGAGGACUGUGGGAUCUGGUCAGCAGGGGUGUUCCUGGUCAAAGGGAUGCUUUAUGGGCUGGAUGAAGCCGUGAGGCAGGCCAGAGAGACAGUGUGUACGGCCUGCAGCAGGCCAGGAGCAACCAUGGGGUGCUUCAUCAAGAGCUGUCCCACCAAGUACCACUACAGGUGUGCCUGCCAGUCAGGCUGUGCACUCAACGAAGACAAUUUUUCGAUGAGAUGUCCCAAGCACAAGAACAAAACAUUCCAAGGUGUGACCAGACAGUGCUACAGAUGACAAACAGGAAACCACUGCCAGACAUAGAAGUGACCUGGGCCUUGAUCUUGGCCUAGACAUGGCUCUAGAACUUUCCCCGCCUCUAGAACUUUCCCCGGCUCUAGAACUUUCCCCGGCUCUCACCUCUCAUAGGAGUGUGUGGACACACCGUUACCACAGAUAUACUUAGGAACUAACAACUGGACCCAUCACACCAUCCAUUCAGUUCAAUACCGACCUGCAACCCCAGGAACACCACUCAGAGAGAGAGAGAGUAAGAUUCAAGACCCCGGUCUGCUGGUGUGUCUUAAGUGUGUUAAUAAUGCAGUUUUGAUUGUUGGUGAGUUAUUUAAAUUAAUGCAGUAUUGAUGGUGGAUGUCUGUACUCGUUCCAGUGCUCUUUAAUGUAAUAAAGGAUUUAUUGAUGUAUUUACCUUGUG